GCUUUGAUAUCAGGCCUCGGCUUGAUAUACCUCGUCUCCUGCGUUCUCCCUCUCUCACUCUCUGCGCUUGGUGUUGCCCAGAGCAGCUGUUAUUAAGAUGAUGCCUUCUCUGCUCAACACCAAUGUGGUUGGUGUACCUCAACACCAUGUUUCUGGUGGAUCCUUUACAGUUGACACAAUGCUCAACGAGAUCUCAAGGCAGCUCGUUGGGAAUACAAGACGGUACUCGAGGAGUUCAAACGGGCAGCAUCGACUACCAAACGCUAUGAAGAUCUGCAAGCCUGGCAGUGCCAGUAACAGCCCAAAAUCAUCCACACUGCAAUCACGAAGGAGGACCUUGAUCGGUGAUGGCUUUCGCGGCAGGCAGCAGUCACCUGCUGCGAGCUCGGCACAUGUCCCGACCCCAGCUUCGGAUAUUCUGGGCGAGCCCCUUUACGAGCCGUGUUCGAGGCCGGCACGUCCCGUCAGCUGGCAUCCAUCUGUGAACUAUUUUACACAGCAGCCCUUCCCCUCUCAGCAAGGCAGCAGCACGACUCCCUACGCGUAUUCGACAUACGAUGAAGCCGACAUUCUGGCAAGUCUCCAGAACCUUCCCCCUACACCGGCGAUCUACUCAGGAUACACCUCGCCCGUGAACUCGUCACCCCUCUCUCUCCCCUACUCGAGUUUCAGCUCCCAGCCGGUCUACUCACCUCCGAGCCAGCCGGUCUCGACGCAGUUCGAGCAAUCACGGCAGCAGCAACAGCAAGCUCCUACAUCUCAGCAUUCCCCUUGCGCCAGCUACGGUCCAGAUGCAGCAGUGCCCGACUCAACUUACCUGCCGGCUUCCCGUGGGCCAGACAAUCGCCUCGGCUGGUCACCAUACCCGGCCAACGAUGCUAUCCUCAGCCUGUCCGCAGCGCCGCCCACACCAGAGGAUUUUGCGUGCAGUCUUGUCUCGAACGGCGCGGUCACUGGCUCGGAUGCGGAACCAAAGGCGCAGACAGAACAGGCUUUUCAGCCUGUGAUUGUCGAUGACGACGGAGGCAAGGAAUCCGAUGGCGAGAUCCUGUACGGAAUGGGCUUAUACGACAUGCCUGGUCGCAGCAAGAGGGCGGCCACUCCUCAUUCGUCUCUGAAUAUGCUGCAUCGGUCGGCCAUCUUUUCAUUAUUGAGCAGCCGGGACUCGGGGCAGACAGGGGAAGAAGAGGAGGAUGAGGAGGAUGAGGAGGAUGAGGCGGAUGCUGGUAAGGGCUUGGGGCUGAAGUUGGAGGAUGCGUGGGAACCACCUGUUAGUGAUGAUGAGGAAGAAGGGGCUGAGGAUGCCGAUUGAUGGAAAGAGACAUGAGAUGGUGAGUGAAGAGGGGGAAUUGUUGGAUGGCGUG